AUGAUAAAUUCGAAUAAUUUAGUAUAUUUAUGCAAAGAAGUAUUUGACGAAAAUAGUGAACCAACACAAAUCGGUAAUAUAUAUUACUAUAUUAGGUAUGCCAUACCUACCUAUAUUUUACCUAUUCUACUAUGUGCCUAUAUUUUAUUUUAUAGAAGUAUAUUACAGUUAAUUACUUAUUAAAAUACUUAUUAAUAAUUUAUAGAAAUUGAAGAACAAGCAUCUCGAUUAGGAAUAGACAUAGUGAAAGAAUUCCAUCUUUUAAGUAUUGUCAAACAAUGUUUACUUGAACCUUUGCCUUCUAAUUGGUUUCCUUGGUAUUUUAAACUAUAAUAAACAAUAACUAUUUUAAAUUUAAAUGAAUAAUUUUUAUUAUCAAGAUUUAUUUAACUUGUUUUAUUAUAUAUUUCAUAGUUACAUUGAAAAAGAGAAUAAAUAUUUUUAUUACAAUAAACAAAGUAACACAUCACAAUGGGAACACCCUUUAGAUGCGUAUUAUAGACAGAUGGUCGAAAAAACACGUUUAGAAGACCAAUCAACCGGUGAGUGGAAAUUAAAUAUCUAUCUAGAUAUUUAAUAAUUUAUACAGUAACUUAAAAUUAUAUAAUUAAUUAAUCGUAAUGUAAAAAUUUGUAAAUAUGAUUCUAGGUCAAGAUAUAUCAUUAACCAUUAUUUUAGAAGAAGAUAAUUCUCUUGACACUAUGUACCAAACGAAAAAUGUAAUUAAAUAUUAAUAAUUGUUUUAAAUUAUAUGUAUUUUUUAUACUUUUAAAUACCUAUAGAGAUAAUAUACCUACUAGAUUUACCAUUUUAAUAUAACUAUUUAUCUUACAAAAACAUUGAAAUAUAUUUAUAUUUUAAAUAUAGGUAAAAGAUAAUAGUUAAAUCUUUGCAACUUAUAGGUAACCUAAAAAUACACUAAGUGCAACAAUUUGUUUAUUUACAUUUAUUUAUUUAUUACUGUUUAGAUAGAAUUUUAUUUAUGAUAAUAUUAAAUUUAAAAUUUUAUUUUAAGUUAUAGAUAUAUAGUUUUAUAUAAUUUCAAUAUUUGUGAUUUUUAAGACCUAUGAAAAAAAACCUACGACUGAGAAACGAACUGUACGCUUUAAGACUCCUAUAGAAGAGUCAUUAGAUUUCGAUAAUUCUGAUGAUAAUAUGAAAUUUUUAGGACCUAUAAAGUAAGUUUAACCAAAUUAAUAUUAUAAUAAUCAAAAUAAUAACAAAAACAAUUUAAAAUCCAGGUUAAAUACACCUUACACCAAUGCAUCAACCACUUUACAAAAUUUAACACCAUAUUCAACAACGAAUAGUACUUUUGACAUAAAAAAUACAGGUAAGAAUAUAAAAAAAUAUUAACUGUACUAUUUUAAAUAAAUUACUAUAUACACCUAUCUACUCUCAUAAUUUGAAUGUACUUAAAACGUUAUAGAUAGGUUAAGUACCUCUAUUAAGAUAUUAUUUUAAAUUUUAUAUAAUAGAUAAAUUUUGGCGUGUCAAAAAAAAAUUCCUUCAGUGAUUAAUGAUGAUUAUGGUGAGUGAUGGUGACAAAUUCACAAAUAAAUCGUACGACUCAUGAUUUAAGGGUAGAAUUUUGAUGAUUAAAAGUGCUAAAAAAGUCACAUUUCAUGUUAAAAUUGUACACUCGUUUUCAUGGUGGUUGUCAUUUUUAUUUAUCAGUAAAUAUCGUUCAGUUAUAACCUAAAAAUGUCAAUUUCUGAGUAUGAAAAAAAGUACUAUAUUUUAACUAAAUAUAUUGAGUACACAUAUUAUAUGAAAGAUCAUCCUUUUUUGUGCCCUGUAUAUAUGUACAAUAAUAGUAGUAGGUAGGUAUUCUUCUACCGUACCUAAAAUAGGAUUUUUCAACAAAAUGACUUAGGGCUUUAAUAAUGUUCUGUUAGCACUAACUGGGAGUUUUUUUGUCUCAAACCUUGUCGAAUGAUGAUAACACUAAGUAGGUACUAGGCAUUCUAUAACAAUAGCUCUUAGUUGCAUAAAAACUAUAAAAUCUGAAGAUGUGUUUUAAUGUCAAAUGUGCAAUGUAAUUAUUUAUUUAGAUAUAUCUAGGUUAAAAUUUAACAGUUAAAACAUUUUGAGUUGUGAAAUGCAUUUUGUCGUAUUUAGGUAGUGCAUGCAUCCAUUAUGGGAUUAUAUUAUUACAAGAUUAAUAUUUGUAGGUACCUAUAUCAAAACCGACAUGCUAUUUAAAUACCUUUUUGAUUAAAAUUUUCUAUCAGUUGCUAUAUAAUACUAUGCAAAUCAUAAACUUAUAAUUAAAAUAUAAAUAAUGUUAUAAUUUGAUUGUUUAGGAGGUCGAAGUGUAUUUUCCAAAUACAAUAUACUACCAAACAAAGAUGAAUUGUCUAGAAAAUCUGAUUCGAGUGAAAAUAUUAAACAAAUUAACAAAAAAUUGAAUACGAGUAUAGAUUAUGGUAAGGGAAAAGAACAAUUACGAAAGAUUGAUAUAACUCUGACAGAAUCAUCUGAUAGAUCAGAAAGUACUUCAUCAGAAAUCCGGACUGAAAAUUUAAAUAGUGAUUAUGAAGUCAACGGUAAUAAAUAAUAAUAUAACUUUUAUUAAUUAUAAUAUGUCUUUAUUACCUAAAAUAUAAACCUAAUUAAAAUAAUAGUUGUAUAAAAUGUAUUUACCUAAACAUAAUAUACAUAAUUUUUAAAUGAUUUAUAUUAAUUUAACAGAUCAAAAAGAAAAGAAUGAUGAUAUUAUUACAACAGUUCAAAUAAAUAAACAACAGGAAAAAAAUGAUAUUUUCAACGAUAUCAAGAAAUCCACUAACGUUAAUUUCAAUGAAUUUCAGACCUCGGAAAUUGUAAAAUUGCAUAAUCUUAAAAAAGAUGAUUUGGUUAGUGAUAGUGGAAAUUCUACAGAAAAAGAUUCUAAAGUUAUGCAAUCAUAUAUAGCUAGUAAUAGUUUUCCCGCUACUAAAAGUAAAAUAACUAGAAUAAAUCAACAAUUUCCAUUAAAUCAGUCCAUAAACGAUACAAGUUUCUCAAAGAUAAAACCUACCGAAAGCAAUGAAAAUAUUUUUGAUUUGAAACCUCCCAGUUACAAAUCAAAUAGCGAACAGGAAAAUCACUCUAAUAUUAAUGAGAAACAAACAUUUUUGAAUACUGCACAGAUUAAAAUUAUAAUAGAAAAUAAUUGUGAAUUGAUUAGAAAUAAAUUGGAAGACAACAUAAAAACGAAGGAAAACAUAUUCAGGUAAAAAUAUUAUUAAAGUUUAUCGAUACAAUGAAUAUUUGUUAUUUAUAAAAUUAUAUUAUGCAUAUAGGGAAGAAAUUAUUAAAAAAAUUAAUGACAUCAUAUGUAAACGAACUGAUAAUUUUGAAAAACACAUGGAAACACAGUAUAAUGAACUUUUUUCUAAAAAUGAGUCAGAAUUAAAAAAUAUGUAAGCAUUUAGAAAAAUAUAAUAUCUAACUUAAAGUUUAGGUAUUUUAUCUAUAUAAAUAAAUAUGAAUCGUUGUAUAUAAUAAUAUGAAAGAUCAUCACUUUAGACCACUUCAACCAUAUUGGCUAAAUUUUUUUUUUGUAUUAUAAUUGUCAGCCAUCAGGACAAAGUUUGUAUGGAAAAGAAUUUGGAGAAAAUCUACCAGAAAAGUCGUCAAUUUGGAUGGUAUUUUUGUAUGAAAAUCUCAAUAAUUGAGUUCGUAGGAUUUCCUAUUGAAAGCAACCUCUCAAAAUUCAGUUUUAUGUAUUUUAGAUUUUGAGUGUAGCGAAGAAGCUUAUGGUUUUACAAAGAUGUUUAUUUUUUUUCAUUAUCUGUGUGUAACUUUUCUACCAGAAAUCUUGCUCCGAUUUUUAAGUAUAGCACAUUUUCUGGAAGGAAAUUAGAGUGGGGAAGUACUGUAAGAAGUUAUUUUUGAAUUUCUCAGUUGUUUUCUUAAAAAAAAUUUGAAAAACCGAAAAAAACUGGAAAAUGUAAGAAUUAUAGAUAUUAGUUAAAAAUAUUACAGCCUUCUUUUUUCCUGUGAAACAACUUUUCUAAAAACAAUUUAUGCAACUUAAGCAACUUCGAUAUAAUGAUAGCAAACAUUUUUCAGAGGAAAUUUGAAUGGGAAGGUCUUUAGGGAGUUAAUUUUUUGAUUUUCCAAGAGUUUUUUCCAAGCAAAUAUGAAAAACCGGGAAAACUAAGAAAAUCGGUAUAACAUUAAACAAAUAUUAUUAAAGAAUAUAUUUAAAUCACUUUUAAUUAUUUUAUUAUAAUACAACAUAUAUAUUGUUGACAAAGCAUCAUUAUCAACUGAACUCCGCUCAGAAUCAUUUUUUCGUAAGCAACAGUUUAUUGUUGCUUCCAGGUGACAUUAAAUUACCUGUGGCUGCACCUGUUCACACUAUCCUAGGGUGUAUUUUUGGUAGGUACUAAAUUCAAAUUAUUUUUGUUGAUUUAUGGGUUACUUUGGUUACACUUUUAGUCUUCUGAAGCCGGACGAUACAUUUUGCACAUGAAUCUCCGGGCAGAACAGCAAAUAUAGAUCUAUAUAAUGGUUAAGUUAAUAGCUCUCUAACGAUUACCUUACACAUCAAAUGCAGAAUAUUUUAAGAUUAAAUUAUAAAUAAUAGAUAGGUAUUUUAGAGAAAUCUAGCCAAAAAGAUUAGAUCAAUAAGUCUACCUAGGACAAAAAAAAAUAAAAACUAUAUCCAGUAUCUAGUAUACUUAUUUUAAUUUUUAAAAUUCUUAUAUUAUUAUUUUUUUUUGAACCUGAUUAAUGUCUGUUACUAUUAUUUAGACAAGAAAAAAUAGAAAAUUCAUUAAUUGAAGAAUGCGACAAGAAACACUUCAAAAAUGUUUCAAAUAUUGAACAAAUAUGUGAAGAAAAUCUAAAAAAAUUUCAAUCAGAUUUAAUUCAUCAUGCAGAAAUAAUUAAAAAUAAAAUACAUGUGGAAUUUGAUGUAAUUACUAACGAAUUAAAAAAAAAUUUUUGUGAAAAAUCUGAAACAGUAACUGAUAAUUGGAACCAAAUAUUAGGAUCUUAUGCAAAUCUCGAGUUGGAAAAAAUUAAAAAUAAUUAUGAAAAGACCACAGAAAACAUCAAACGUGACACAGAUAAUGAAAUUUGUCGGUUCGAUUUGGAGUUCAAAGAAAAACUUAAAAAAAUGUCUGAAGAUAAAUUAAAUAAUGUCACCGAACAGUUGGACAUAGCUUUACGAGAAGAAAUAAAUUUAGUUAAAAAAAGGGUUAAUGAAAAAUAUCAAAAUGAAUUAAAAAUUAAUAAAUCAAAUACAUGCACCAGUUGUUGUCCAGAACAAGAAUUGAAGGCUGAGUAAAUUAAAUUAACAACAAAUUCUAUAAUAGUGUUAUUAACUUAUGUUAAGUUAGAAUUUUGUAGAUUUGAUUCAUUUUCAGAUAUCAAACUGGAGAUACUAUGCAGUAUAGGAUCAAUUAUAGUGACAUAAAAAAAAAAAUUGAACAUUGCUCAAAUGAAUUGAACGAUGCUCUAAAAUUGAUCAACUUAAUAUUAUCACCAACCAGAUAUACAACAGGUGAAUAUAAAUGAUUUUUCAGUUUAAAAUAAUAUGUAGGCAAAUGUUUUUUUAGAGAAUCAUACAGUUUUAAGUUUAAAUAAACAUAGUGUAUCAUGUCAAACUGAUAAUAUAGUACUGUCUCAUCAAAAUCAAAAACUUAGAGAAUAUCCAUAUCUGGAAUCUUCAAAUGUGUCAAUGUUUAAUAGUUUAUUUGGUAAGCAUAAUAUUUUUAAUGUUGAUACUCAUUAAUAAUGUUUUAUUAACAUUAAUUAUAUUAAACUAAUUUAAAGAUGUUAACACAAAAUAUGUUGAUUAUUGGAAUCAAGUAAAGAUGUCUAGAGAUGUAUAUUGCCCUACACCAGCCUAUACGCAAAUGUUAAGCCCCUUGGAUAUGUUAAAUCAAGUACCUAUAUAGUGAUUAUAUUUCUCAUAAAAUAAUAAUAAUUUUUAUUACAUGAAAAUAAUUUUAAAUAUUUUAUUAGGAAGAACUAAAAGUGAACGCAGCAGAAAAAAAUAUUAGUCGUUUAAUUGAAACGUUUAAUAAUCCUAACAGUAAGUAUCUAGUAAAUAGUUUACUAUGAAUCCCUAACAGUACAGACGGUCGUGGAAACUGACUGUUUAGGUUCCAAUUGAUGCUCACCAGAGCCUCCAUCAGGCAGGGUUGGACUAUACCUGUAAAAUAAAUAUUUCCCGGGCUGUUUUUAUAAGGUUGUUAAACCCUGUUAUCAGGAUGUAUUUUGACCUUCUGGGAGGAAUUGACUGUUUCAGUCCAGUAAUUAAUGUGUUCCUGUUAGGUAACUUUCUAUUUUAGUCCUUUAAUCAAUAUAUCCCCCUUUACUUAAAGACGGGCAGGUGUAAAUUAUUUAAACUUUCACAGUCACCAAAACACUGUCCAUUAAUUGUAGGUUCCUGCUUCUCAGAGGAGUUUCAGUUUGAAAAGUCUCUGUUCCCUUAUAAAAAUCUCGUAAUUUUGAGGUAUUAACGUAUAAUAUAUAUAUUAAAACACCGCACGUUGUGUCACCACACAAAUAAUGCUCCACUAGUCCACUACUCUCCCACAACUCAAACUUAAAGGUAGAAUAUCUCGUCAACGGAUUGAAGUAAAUUAAAAAUUAAAACACCAAAAUUUAUUUUAACUACUACUCCAUCUACUUAUGGAAUUUUUAAUAUAGGUUGCCAUUUAAAAUCAAAUGUAGGAAGUCAUUUCACCCCCAAAAAUUAAGGUGACAAAAAAUAACAUGAAUGUAAAAUUGCAGAGCUGCUUGUUUCUAAAAUUUUCUAUAAAACAAAUUUUCGAAAAAAGUUAAUACUUUCAAAGAUAAUGAGGGUCUUAAGAUUGAUCACUCUGUAUUAUAUUAAAAUUUAUUUGAUAGCUUACACUUCUUUUUAAUAAUUGGUACCAAGUCUAGCAGUUAGAGCGUUAGGUGUAUUAAAUCAGGUUAGCAUAGAGUCCUAUGUUUAAUACUCAAAUACUCAAGGUGUAUUCCAAAACAUGGUCAAUGUUAUUUGUGUUUUUAUUUACAUAUAUUAAGAUAACUUUUUCUGAACAAAAAUAAGAUUUUUGUGUAAUAAUUUCAAGAAGUUUCCUAAUUUGGUACGGACAGGCUAACAUUUGGGAUUCUAAAGACCGUUCUAGACUUUCCUGUACCAGUCCAGAAAUUGCUGUUAGAAAAGUUGUCCAUAAGAAAAAAAGCUAUAAUAUUUUUAGCCAAUAACUACAUUUCUUAAAUUUUUUUCUCCAGUUUUCGCAUUUGAUGAGAAAACUCUUGAGAAAAUCAAGAUGACCUCCCAAUGGUACAACACCAUGCUGAUUUCCUUUCAGAAAAAGUGCUACACAUAAAUGUCGGAGCAAGAUCUCUGGUAGGAAAAAAUAAAAUAAAAACCUUAGUAAAAUCAUAAACUUCUUCGCUCCACUCAAAUCUAAAAUAAUUUGAUAUUAUUAAAAAAAAUUGUAUUAUUGCAAUGAAAUGUAUAUCUGCAUAUAAUAGAAAAUAUUUCAAUAAUUUAAUAUUUUAUACAUACUACAAUAACAGUGAAAUGAUAAUAUACAAGCUUUUAUCUUAUCGUAUCAAUGCUGAUAAGCAUCAUUUGGUCCCAUUUUCAUUCAGAUAUUUCUGACAAUUGUUUACUUGCAUUAAUUAAAUGAAGUUAUAAUUUAGUGUAUGUGUACGUUAGUUAUAGUUAUUCAUAAUUAUUAUAAAAUGUCUGAGCCCAAAAUAUGAAGACAAUAUUUAUUUUUCACUUUAAUUAAAUAAUAGCUAAAUAUAAUAAACAUGACUGUAAUUAUUUUUUAAAUUUAUUGGGAUAUCAGUGUUUUUGAAAAUCUAAAUCUAAAAAAUUAACUAACAACAAAAUUAUUAACCAUCAACCAAUAGGCAAUAUAUUAUAAUCACAGAUAUAAUCAUGUACUUAUUGUUAAUGCCUAUUUAUUUUGUAUUUUAGUUUAUGAAAAUAAAUUCAGUAACAUAUAUCAAUCGUUAACGCCAAAACAAAUAGCGCACAGCCGGACCAAAAAUUUAAGAGAAUGGCUUUACAAGACAAGACUUGAAAAGUAACAAAAUUUGAAUUUGUAUUUUAUCAUAAAAAUUUCAUUGUAACGAUUCCAAGAAAUAUCAACCAAUAAUAAAUAUUGAUAUUUCAACCACAUUGAAUGGUAAAUUUUGAUUAUUUAAAACACUG